CAAGAUUCUUGGUAACACAACGGAACUUGUGAUUAAACGGUGCGUUUUAGUAAGAGGAAGGUCCUCUUCAAUCUUGUCUUUUUCAUCGUGGAUCUGCGCUAGGGCUCCGUAAUCAGACACCUUUUUCCUCUUACUUCAUUUAACCUCACAACAAUCAAGUUUUGAAUGGCAACUGUGAGAAGUCUGAAGAUCAAGACAAGUACCUGCAAACGUAUAGUGAAGGAGCUGCAUUCUUAUGAGAAGGAAGUUGAGAGAGAAGCUGCCAAAACAGCUGAUAUGACGGAAAAAGGAGCUGACCCCCAUGAUCUCAAGCAACAGGAAAAUGUGUUGGCAGAGUCUAGGAUGAUGAUUCCUGACUGCCGCAAGCGCCUUGAGGCCGCUUUGGCAGACUUGAAAGGAAUAUUGGCUGAGUUGGAGGAGUCAGAUGAGAAGGCCAGUCUUGAGAUUGAUGAAGCUAAGAACACCAUUGUAGAAGUUGAAAAAGUAUUUGAAACAACAGAAGAUUAACAAGGUUGUUUGAUUAGUGAUCUUGAUGGAGGAUAUUGGACCUGAAUUAUAUAUUUUCCUGGUCACAAAACAAUCAUACAGUCUUCUUGUUCCAUGUGCCCUCUCUUCCACCGUUUAAUUCUGUGCUUUUAUAGAACAUCUGAAAAUGAAUGAUUAUGGCAUUGGUCUACUUCUCUAGGCUUGCAAACACGGUAUCAAUUUAUCAAAGUUUUUACAUCCAAAUUUCUCUAAUUUUAUGUGGUAUGCGGUAUGCCACCUAAAGAUCAUUAAGUCAGUAAUUUCGGCAGUGAUUGUGUGUUUGUAGAGAAAGGAGGUUAUGAAAAUUAGAUGAUUAAUACAAGGGUAUUAUUGUCUAUAAACUUAUAUAAAUUUGUUGAACUUCUAGACUAGUUAUUUUUCUGUUGAUCCAUCGUUAUGUAUUUUUAUUUUAGUUAUAAGGAAAACCAAACACAAAAAGAAAGUUUGGUAGAUUGAUAAAAGGAAAAUCAAAUCUAUGUUUUCAGUCUGCAUUUGUAUUCGAUGCAUUCCUGUAGUAGUUGCUGAUGUCAUUAUCAUCACUCAUCAGUACUUGUUGCAGCAA